CUUUCCAGUUUACAGACUCUCGUGAACAGCUACGCCCCCCGGACGCUGGAACUAAAGCUGCUCCUUCUCUCUGUGUCUGUCACUGCAUCUUUCUCCCUCUGCAAACUUUGGAAACUCUUUUCUUUUCUUUAGGUCGUGCAUAUGCGUGUGUGUGUGCAUGUAUGCAUGUGUGCGUACGCAUGUGUGUGUGUAUGUGUGCUUGUUGCGCUGCAGCUCCAGAGCCCCGGAGGACAGAGGUUUUGAGUUUGGUCGUGGCGCAGCGCCGUCUUUUCUUGCGACCUCCCUCUCUCUUUUUCCUCCUGGAUCCAUCUAGGACGCACACUGCUGCCUGAGGAGAAAGGGAGGGGAGAGACGGGGAGACGACGUGACUCCUAACGCAUGACAACGAUGGACGGACAUCUGGCACUGAUAUGUGGUCAGACAUUUGCAUGUUAGCCACUUUUGUUGAUGCUCUCAUCCGGAGCAACUCGGAAUAAAAGCUACAAAAAUGGAGGGGAAGUGUUCUGGCAGGCAGGCAGUCACGGACGAGGCGAUAUCUAGAUACGAGGCCGAGAGGGGGAGGGAACAUCUCCGCGUCUGUUGGUGCUGAGGAUGCUGAGGAUGCUGCGGAAGGUGGCGAUGAUGAGGAGGCUCCUCCACGUGAAGGCAGACGUGAUGUGCACCGUGCUGCUGCUGGUGCUGCUCUGCCUGCUGCUCUACGUCCAGCAGGUGCUGCUCUCCUCCGGGUGGGACAGAAGCACAUGGAGGCUGGAGGUCCAGGGCUCCACCAGCUCCAGCCGGACUCUGCUGGGAGCCAACGGGAAGACCAGGACAGCAAGUGGGGCCGGAGGAGGCCAGGAAACCCAGGUGGUGUGAUCGUCUGACUCAGCGUCUAAUGUUUCAAAUGUCCUGGUGUCCCCUAAAGCUCCUAAAUCCAAGUCCAAAUCUCAGGUCAAACCCAAUCAAACGUCCAAGGGGAAAUCGAAGAUGAAAGUGAAGAGUUCCCGUAAAAAUGUCACACCAACCAAGGCUGCUGCCAACCCUGUACCCACGCUGCCGCCGUUUGACUUUGACAGCUACCUGAGAGAAAAAGACAACAGAAACUUUCAGCUGCUCAUAGACCAGCCGGAGAAAUGUAGCGUCGCAGGAGGAGGAGGAGGAGGAAGCUCCACUGCCCCCUACAUGCUUAUCGCAGUGAAAUCUGUUGCAGCAGACUUCGAAAAGCGUCAGGUGGUACGUCGGACAUGGGGUCAGGAGGGGCUUUUCCAAAACGGCGUAUCCAUCCGGACAGUUUUCCUCCUGGGUAUUCCCAGGAACCAGAGCUCCCUGCCUCUGUGGGAUCGGCUCCUGGCCUACGAGAGUGAGGCGUUUAAGGACAUCCUGCUCUGGGACUUUGAAGACACCUUCUUCAACUUGACGCUGAAGGAGACACAUUUUUUGCAGUGGGUCAAUUCCAGCUGUCCCGACGUCAGGUUUAUCUUCAAGGGCGACGCUGACGUCUAUGUGAAUGUGGAGAACAUACUGGAGAUGCUCCGGGGUCAAAAAGCGGACGAGGACCUGUUCGUCGGUGAUAUCAUCUUCCACGCUAAACCCAUUCGUCGACGCAGCUCCAAGUACUACGUGCCAGAGUUCGUGUACGGGGCCGGUCUGUACCCGUCCUACGCCGGGGGAGGAGGGUUCGUCAUGUCGGGACACACGGCCCGCAGACUGAGCUCUGCCUGUCAACAGGUGGAGCUGUUCCCCAUCGAUGACGUCUUUCUGGGAAUGUGCCUUCAGCAGAUAGGCGUUAAACCAUCACGCCACGAGGGGUUUCGGACUUUCGGCAUCAUCAAACCCUCUGCCGCGCCCCACCUUCAGACGUUCGACCCCUGCUUCUACCGGGAGCUCAUGGUCGUUCACAGCCUCACCGUACCUCAGAUCUGGCUCAUGUGGAACCUCUUGCACGACCCCAACCUGAGCUGCCACAACAGGACAAACCCGACUCCUUGGCCCUUUAAGUGGAAGGGGAGGUUGGGAGCGACGGCGGGAACGCUGGGAGACGCCGGACAGGAGGCAGCAAAGGAGGAAGACUACGAUGAAAAGAGGGUGUUUGUGACGCAUUAGUCUCUGGCCAGGUCAAAAACGUUAGAACGCAGGAUCCUUGGCCCACUGAGACGCUCGUUCCAUCAAAAGCACCUUUGGUUUAUAGGAGUCUUGAGCCCAGCUGGCAAAUCAUCUGUAGUUAGAUCAAGAUGUUGAAAGAAACCACAUUGGAUUUUGGGGGGAAAUGAAUUGGCAUAGCAAAAAUGUUCGGCUUUUCAGAGAGGAAAACAAAUAGGAAAUUCAGUCUUUCACCACCGGACUCUGGUCUGUCUGUUAACAAGGUCUGUGUGAAGGGAGGCCUUGAUGUGCAUGGAAGAGCCCGGGGGUGUCCUAUAAGAAGGCGGUUUGCCUUGUGUGCGUACAGAUCGGCAUUUUGACAUAAUCACAUUGAUGGUUGUAUUGUAUGGUUUGUCAUGUUUUGACACUAAUAUGGUGAAUCUGGAUUU